GAAUGUGCUCUGCUAGAAUCUAUGAACUUCUGCAAUCAGAAGUUCGACAGUUGAUUUGAUGCCAAUUUCUGUUCAAAGGCGACAUGGAUGUAAUGCAGAGAAUUUUUGUAUACAUAGCAGAGUUUUUCUCUUCAAAAAUUGAACUCGUCGCACCCAAUUUCUAGCAUAAUUAAUCAAGUGAGGGCUGAACUAAUGAGACAUGUUGGUUAUGCAGGUUGGAUAUUCAUCACCUGCUCAGUCUGGAAUCAUAGAUGACUUUGGAAUCUCUUUGGCAGAGUAUGCAGUUUUUGGAUCAAUAUUGACAAUUGGAGCAAUGGUUGGUGCUGUAAUGAGUGGAAAGAUAGCAGAUCUCAUUGGACGGAGGGGUACAAUGGGAUUCUCGGAUAUUUUCUGUCUCAUUGGGUGGCUUGCAAUUGUAUUUGCAAAGGGUUCUUGGUGGCUCAACCUUGGAAGAUUGUCUAUAGGAUAUGGAAUUGGGCUUCUUUCAUAUGUGGUAAUUGCAGUACCCGUAUACAUAGCAGAAAUUACACCUAAGGAUCUUCGAGGAGCAUUUGCAGCAACAAAUCAGUUGAUGAUAUGUUGUGGCGUAUCCGUAAUGUAUCUCAUAGGAACUGUCAUCUCGUGGCGCACCUUGGCUCUAAUAGGGACUAUUCCAUGUAUACUACAGCUUCUGGGUCUAUUUAUCAUCCCAGAGUCUCCGAGGUGGCUGGCAAAGAAGACUCGGGGUAAAGAUUGUGAAGCUGCUCUACAGCGCCUUAGGGGGAAUAAUGCCAAUAUCUCUGAAGAAGCAGCAGAAAUUAGGGAUUAUAUAGAAACCCUUCAACGGCUAUCAGACUCUAGAAUGCUUGAAUUGUUCAAUCGGAAGUACACUCACUCACUCAUUGUUGGAGUUGGACUUAUGGUUUUGCAACAGUUUGGAGGAGUCAAUGCAAUUGCCUAUUAUGCAAGUGCUAUUUUUGUGUCUGCUGGGUUUUCGAGUGGGAUUGGUAGUAUAGCAAUGGUUUUUGUUCAGGUUCCAGUGACAUUGCUGGGUGUACUCUUAAUGGACAAAACUGGACGAAGACCGCUCCUUAUGGUUUCUGCAGCUGGAACCUGCUUGGGUUGCUUCCUUAUAGGAUUGUCAUUCUUAUUACAGGAUCUUCAGCUGUGGAAGGAUUUCAGUCCCGUUCUGGCGCUUGGUGGUGUAUUGGUGUUUACAGGAUCUUUCUCAUUAGGCAUGGGAGGAGUCCCGUGGGUUAUAAUGGCGGAGAUAUUUCCUAUGAAUGUGAAAGGUGUAGCUGGAAGCCUGGUGACAGUAGUUAACUGGUUUGGUUCUUGGAUUAUUUCAUAUACUUUUAACUUCUUAAUGGAAUGGAGCUCUGAAGGAAUCUUUUUCAUAUUUUCAAUCAUAUGUGCCUUAACCAUCCUGUUCGUUGCAAAGCUGGUUCCAGAGACUAAGGGGCGCACAUUAGAAGAAAUACAAGCAUCUAUGAAUUCAUUCAGAGCGAAAUGA